UCAAAUAUUAAUCUCUGUGUAAGAAAAUAAUUUUUUUUAAAUAGAAUAAAUGAAUUCAUCAUUUAAGUGUUGUAAAGUUCUAUAAAUAAUUCACAGUCUAACUAAAUUAAGGAUUUUUAAAAACAAUUGGCUUACUAUUCUAUAAGUAGUCCCCUCUCAUUCACUGUUUUGCUUUCCAUGGUUUCUCCUGUGAUCAAAUGUGGUCUGAAAAUAUUGCAUGGAAAAGUCCACAAAUGAACACUUCAUAAAUUUUCAGUUGAUUUUCAGUCAUAGCCCAAUGUCGCAUCACAGUGCCUACCUUGUUCCCCUAACUUUAGUCAUCAUGUAGACAUUUUGAUUUCCCAAGAAGCAUUUUGUCAUCACAAGAAAAAUGAGCACUUUUUCAAUAUGAUGGUUUGAAAGAAAGAAAAAUAUAGAUUGCAUUCACGUAUGUUUUAUUACAGUAUAUAGUUGUAAUUGUUCUAUUUUAUUUUGUUAUUUUUGUUAAUCUCUUCCUUGCCUAAUUUAUAAAUUAAAGUUUAUAAUAUACAUUUAUGGAUAUAAAAAUAGUGUAUAUAGGGUUCAGUAUCAACCCCAGUUUCAGACAUCCACUGGGAGUCUUGUAAUGCAGCCACUGUGGAUAAAAGUGAAUUACUGUGCUUAAUUUACCCUUUUGUCUCCCUUCAGGAUGGAUUGUAGGAAUGCCCCAUGGAAAAUUACAAUCAAACAUCAACUGAUUUCAUCUUAUUGGGGCUGUUCUCACAAUCCAGAAUUGGCCUUUUCGUAUUCACCCUCAUUUUUCUCAUUUUCCUAAUGGCUCUAAUUGGAAAUCUAUCCAUGAUUCUUCUCAUCUUUUUGGACACCCAUCUCCACACACCCAUGUAUUUCCUACUUAGUCAGCUCUCACUUAUUGACCUAAAUUACAUCUCCACCAUUGUUCCAAAGAUGGUUUACGAUUUUCUGUAUGGAAACAAGUCUAUCUCCUUCACUGGAUGUGGGAUUCAGAGUUUCUUCUUCUUGACUUUAGCAGUUGCAGAAGCACUGCUCCUGACAUCAAUGGCCUAUGAUCGUUAUGUGGCCAUUUACUUUCCUCUCCACUAUCCCAUCCGUAUAAGCAAAUGAGUGUGUGUGAUGAUGAUAACAGGAUCUUGGAUGAUAAGCUCUAUCAACUCUUGUGCUCACACAGUAUGUGCACUCUGUAUCCCAUAUUGCAAGUCCAGAGCCAUCAAUCAUUUUUUCUGUGAUGUUCUAGCUAUGUUGACGCUAGCCUGCACAGACACUUGGGUCUAUGAGGGCACAGUGUUUUUGAGCAGCACCAUCUUUCUUGUGCUUCCUUUCACUGGUAUUGCAUGUUCCUAUGGCCGGGUUCUCCUUGCUGUCUACCGCAUGCACUCUGCAGAAGGGAGGAAGAAGGCCUAUUCGACCUGUAGCACCCACCUCACUGUAGUGUCCUUCUACUAUGCACCCUUUGCUUAUACCUAUCUACGUCCAAGAUCCCUGCGAUCUCUGACAGAGGACAAGAUUCUGGCUGUUUUCUACACCAUCCUCACCCCAAUGCUCAACCCCAUCAUCUGCAGCCUGAGAAACAAGGAGGUGAUGGGGGCCCUAACACGAGUGAUUCAGAAAAUCUCGGUGAAAAUGUAGACAUACGUUCUGUCUUAGAGUCAAAGCACUAGGUUCAUAUCAACUUAGCAGUGUACAGCAGUGAAGAAAAACAUUAUUAGAUGCCCAGUGUGUCAAACAGAUUAAUCUAGAGGAUUUGUCUUUUAAUUUAGUCUUGACAAUAUUAUAAUACAUAUUCUAAGACAUCUAUUUUGAUUUUGUUUGUGUGUGGUUUUUCUUUGUUUGUUUGUUUGUCUUUUUAAUGGAUUUUGGCUCUUGUUGCCCAGGCUCUAAUGUAAUGGUGCAAUCUCAGCUCCCCAUAACCUCUGCCUCCUGGGUUCAAGUGAUUCUCCUGCCUAGCCUCCUAAGUAGCUGUGAUUAUAGG